CUCGUUUGAGAAUGCAAGAAAAUGGCGGCAGAUAUAUACAGACUCACAUGACUGAUAGCGUUUCAUUGAAACAAGUGUUUGCUGAACAAAUACAUAUCUUUUCGGAUAAUCAUUUUAUUUAAGUAUCAACGAUCCUCAAAAUACAUCAUGUUCGUUGCUCGAAGUAUUGCUGCAGACCAUAAGGAUCUCAUACAUGAUGUAUCCUAUGACUUCCAUGGUCGGCGAAUGGCGACUUGUUCCAGUGACCAAAGUGUCAAGGUGUGGGACAAAAGUGAUGAUGGAGAGUGGCAUUGCACUGCUAGCUGGAAGACACACAGUGGGUCAGUGUGGCGGGUGACCUGGGCCCAUCCAGAGUUUGGCCAGGUGUUGGCGUCCUGCUCCUUUGAUCGGACUGCGGCUGUAUGGGAGGAGAUUGUGGGAGAGUCCAAUGACAAACAGCGGGGCCUCAGCCACUGGAUCAAAAGAACCACGUUGGUGGACAGUCGGACAUCCGUGACCGAUGUGAAGUUUGCGCCCAAGCACAUGGGCCUGAUGCUGACCACCUGCUCGGCCGAUGGGGUGGUGCGCAUUUAUGAGGCGCCAGAUGUCAUGAACCUUAGCCAGUGGUCCCUGCAGCAUGAGAUCUCCUGUAAGCUCAGCUGCUCCUGCAUCUCCUGGAACCCCUCCAGUUCCCGGGCCCACCCCCCUAUGUUUGCCGUCGGCAGUGAUGACAAUGUCACUUACACUGGGAAAGUUCAGAUCUUCGAAUACAACGAAAACACAAGAAAGUACGCAAAGGCUGAGACUCUGAUGACCGUCACUGACCCAGUGCAUGACGUUGCCUUUGCCCCCAAUCUGGGCCGCUCCUUCCACGUCCUCGCCAUAGCAACCAAAGACGUACGAAUCUUCAAGCUUGUCCCCCUGCGGCGGGAGACGGCCACCACGUCAGGCCCCACCAAGUUCGAGGUGCAGGUCAUGGCCCAGUUCGACAACCACAACUCACAGGUGUGGCGGGUGAGCUGGAACAUCACCAGCACGCUGCUGGCCUCAUCCGGAGACGACGGCUGCGUCCGGCUUUGGAAAGCAAAUUACAUGGAUAACUGGAAGUGCACAGGGAUCUUGAGGGGUGAUGGCACCCCAGUUAAUGGGACUUCGGGUCAAGCAGGGACGGCCAACGCCGUAGGGGCCUCUGGGACACUGGCGUCUCAGGCGGCGGUUGGCGGGGCGGUGUCUGCCGGGAGACCGAAGGCUCAGCUGAUGCCAGGCUAAUGGAGAUGUGUACUGCUCGCUGCAUGCUCACAACAGGAUUGGACUGUUAGUUUUGAUUUUAUCCCGCCCCCUUCACUUUUAGACCAACCAAAAACCUCUUCACUUAUGUCACAAGUGAGCUUUAUGUAGAGUUAAAUGAAAUGGGACCAGACACACUUUUCUUUGUCCGGUUUGACCGCUACAGGUGUGUUCAGAGGCUCUUGUAACUUGGUGCUAUCUUUUUAUUUUUAUGUCUGGUGUAGGUAAAGCUCAUUUUUGGGGCGAUAACUUUGCUUAAAGACGUUGCAUGUCUCGUUCGAACACGCCCUCAGUUCUGGUACCAAAUUUGGUCUAGAUUUCAUCCAAUCAAAAUUACAUUGGUUUGCCUGGAUUAGGAGCAGUUCUAGACUGCCUUGCCUUUUGAGCUGAGAAUCCGCACUGUAAAUUGGGAUUUGUUCAGACCUAAAAUUAGUCGUUGCCCAGGAAACUAGCCCUUACACUUGACAAGCCAACUUCUCGCUGAUACUUGUAUGAUUGUGUGGAUAUUUCAAGGAUGGAUGGUGUGACUGAGUUAUAUUAAUAAUGGCGCUUAACUAAUACAUUGAAAGCAAUUUUUUCAUCACUAGUUUUGUCUGCAUUGCUAUUACCGCCUCUUGAUUUAUCUAUCUACCCACAAACCAUCAUGGGCCUUACCACCUGUAGGCAAAUGGAUGCUUAGUUCACAUUUUUACAACUCCCCCUAACUGUGAAUAACAUAUAGGAGUUGACUAAAUAAAUGUUUACUCAAAUGCAUUUGUAAAUGCUCAAAUGCUCCCAGAAAGGCCUCUUGCACCUGCAAAAUACACCUGGCAUCCUUUGAAAAUGUUGGUAGCAAUUUAUUACUGGUCUAGUCAUUUUUUUUGCCAUCUGAGAUCUUCGGGAAUUUCCCAAGUGUAGAGGUGUGAAAGGCGUACGUGCGUGCGUGUGUUGACUAAUAUGCCAAUGCUGUUUCCGCCGUUGACUGCCAUUCUCUCUGCAUUUCCAAACCAAUUCUUCGAAAAAGACCCUAAAUUCCGGCAAACAGUCUGUCAUCUAACAUCAUGAAAUGCAGUGCCUCAGAUUGCUUUCUGGGUGUAUGGCUCAUAAAGGUAGCUGAUCCUGUUUAUAUAUGCUCUGUGUUGCUUUGCUUCCCAGAAUGCGUGACUCAAAGAUCAAUAGCUACCUUGUUGGAAUGGGCUGUGUUACACCGACGGAGCCUUGAGAGCAACCUUGAGAGUGCCAAACAUAAAGCCAUCUGUAGUGAGCAUUUGAGCAUUCUUGGGGAGGGACUCUGCUAUUUUAUUUUAAAAAUCAAGAGAUGAUCGUCAAGAGGAAUGCUCAAAAGAUGUGCGCAUGUUACAUGUUUAUGUGAGUGAGUGUGUGUAGGGAAUGGAGAGUAGGAGAGUUGAAAAGAAUGAAAAGGUUUUUUUGUAGAUGUGAAAUUUCUAACUUUUGCGAGUGACGUAAUUUGUACAAUAAAGAUCGGUAAUAACACCA